AUGUCGGGGCCUCCUCGAUCUGUGCAGGCGCCUACAAAACGGACGACCGGCUCAAUGCGCCCACCAUUGAUGCGCCCAACCUCACAUCUAGCCCGCGGGCGCUCCGCAACACCUGCACAAGACGGAAGACAAUCGCGAGCAGAAUCAGUCGCUUCCACGAGGACUGUGCGGUCAUCUCCGUCGUCGAACCUCAAGCGCAAGGAACGCGAUUUCGAAGCCGCCGAUGAGGAAACAAAUAUCAAUGUUGUCGUCCGGUGUAGAGGCCGCAACGAUCGCGAAGUUAAGGAAAAUUCCGGUGUCGUUGUGUCUACGAAUGGAAUCAAGGGAAGCACGGUAGAGCUUUCGAUGGGCCCGAGUGCGCUCAGCAACAAGUCGUACCAAUUCGACAAAGUCUUCUCGCCCGCUGCCGAUCAGAACAUGGUUUUCGAUGAGGUUGUGGCCCCCAUACUUGACGAGGUGCUUGGUGGCUUCAACUGCACCAUCUUUGCGUACGGUCAGACCGGCACUGGCAAGACAUACACGAUGACUGGCGAUAUCUCGAAUAUCCUGCCUCUUCCAGAUGCCGCCGGUAUCAUUCCUCGCGUUCUUUACGCGCUUUUUAGCAAACUCGAAUCGGAAGAGACGGAAAACUCGGUCAAAUGCUCCUUCAUUGAGCUUUAUAACGAAGAGCUGCGAGAUUUGCUAUCGACAGACGAUAACGUUAAGCUCAAGAUCUACGACGAUAAUAGCAAGAAGGGGCACAGUACGACUUUGGUCCAGGGAAUGGAAGAGUGCCACCUCAAGUCAGCUGUGCAAGGUAUCAAGCUUCUCUCCGACGGAACCAACAAGCGACAAGUGGCAGCGACAAAGUGCAACGAUCUCAGUUCGCGAAGCCACACAGUCUUCACGAUCACUGUGUACAUGAAACGCGUGUCGGAAGACGGCGCGGAAUACUUGAGCGCCGGAAAGCUCAAUCUUGUCGACCUUGCUGGAAGCGAAAAUAUUCAACGCAGUGGAGCAGAGAACAAGCGCGCAGCUGAGGCAGGUCUUAUCAACAAGAGUUUGCUAACUCUUGGUCGCGUUAUCAACGCGCUGGUAGAACGCAGCUCACACAUCCCAUACCGAGAGUCAAAAUUGACCCGCUUGCUGCAAGAUUCUUUGGGUGGCCGAACGAAGACUUGCAUUAUCGCGACCCUGUCGCCUGCAAAAAGCAACCUCGAAGAGACGAUAUCGACCCUGGACUACGCCUUCCGCGCAAAGAAUAUUCGUAAUAAGCCCCAGGUCAACCAACUCAUGUCAAAGAAAACCUUACUCAAAGAGUUCACGGCCGAAAUCGAAAAAUUGAAGAGCGAAUUGGUCGCCACUAGACAGCGAAAUGGCGUUUACCUCACGCAGGAAAAUUACGAAGAGAUUACAACCAUUAGCGAGUCCAGGCGCAUCCUGAGCGACGAACAGCGCGACAAGAUCGAAACGAUGGAGGCGAACCUUCGCAAUAAAGUGGAAGAGCUUUUCAGCCUGACAACGAAUUUCCAAAACCUCAAAAAGGAUAAUGAGCAAACCAGGCUCACUCUUGAGGGUACGAAGGGCAUACUUGAAAAGACCGAAGCCGUUUUGACUUUAACGCGACAAAAUCUCGCUGAGGAGACGGAAUUGCGAAAAGCGCAUGCCAAGACGGAAGGCGAACUUGCUGAGAUCGGCCAGGGCAUGAUCUCUACACUCGGGAAGACGACGUCUGACAUUGAUGCUUUACGUUCCAAGAUCCGUCGAAAAUCCGAACUGCAGUCUCAAAACCGACAGCACUGGGCAACUUCUCAGAGCCAGGUCGUGGACACAACACAACUCGUCGAUAACCGCAUAGCGCAUUUCCGCAACCAACAAGAGCAGAUGAUGGAGAGUCUAUCGUCAAGGAUGCAAGCUUUCGUGACCGAUGAGCUUGACAAGCUUGGUGCCUCUCAGACGUUCCUGGAGGAAAAGAUGAAGGCUUACGGAACUUCUGAGCAAGAAGUCAACGAGCAGACUGCCAAAGCUCGUGAUGACAUGAACCAAGUAUUGGAAGAGAUUAGAACGCUGCGAGAAGACGUAAAGCAAAAAGUCGGUGCUGGUCUUAGUGAGCUGUCUGCAGCCGCUGAGAAAAUAUCCGCGAAUAUCAUUACGGAGCUGGAGAAUUUCCAGUCUGAGCUCCAUACAUCCUACCAGGCACUCGGCCGAGAGUUCAAGAACACUUUCGUCGAUCUGACCAAAUCUCUCAGCGAGCAACAAACCGAAAACGAGCGGUUGCAUCAGCAAGUCCAAGAAGCAAAUACUGCCCUCGUGCAAGCCAACAAAGCAUCCCAAGGUCGUCUCCUCCAGGUCGUUGACGAGGAAAAGCAGAAAUCAGCGGAAGAGCGCCAGCAGCUGCUCGUGCAGGUCACGUCGCUUAUCAAUGCUAAUGCAGAGGCGCAGGACAAGCGUUUGAACGAAAAGGUAUAUGGUGUGUGUGAAGAAAUAGGCACUGCGAAUGCUUCCUUUGAAAUUCAACAGUCUGCAUACUCCGAAGGGGUGGGUAACUGGACCAACAAGUCCCAGGACAUCCUUGCUGGGAUAUCCAAGUCGCAAGAUACCGUCAAGACUAAGAUCAAGAGUGAUUUCUCGGCGGUAAAUCAACGGUCUAGUUCGAUCAAGAACACGACCACUUCGGUGCAUGAGAGUACAGUGAAGAUUGUGGAAGCCCAGAUGGAGCAGAUGGACACACAAUUACAAUCCUUGGACGAUAUCAUGUCGCGCGUGCGUGAGCAAAAUGACGCUCAUCACACUGCUCAUACAAGCUCCCUUGGUGCACUGUCGUCCACCGUUCAGUCUUCUUACUCGAGCAUCGGCGAUCAUCUUUCCACAUCCUUUGCUCGGGUACAAGCGCUUGAGUCCGACGUUACCGCUCAGACAACCGCGCUCAAAGAAACAUUGCCAGCUCUGGCGGAGGACGCAAACAUCCGUGCUCCCCUGCAGGAGCUCCGUAACGCAAUUGAAGGUCAAGAGCUGCUCGAGUACAACCCCACCGGAGAGACACCACAACGCGUCAACUACACCAUCCCAAACAAGCUUCCGCGGACUGAGGCACACGAAAACCUCCUAUCGCGUCUUCGCGAUGGCCCUGUCUCUGCAGAUGCUCGUAGUCCCACCAAGGGUUUAGUCUUCAACGACACUGAAAAUGAAACAACGGACAUUUUCGAUUCGGUUACGAAGCCCAACUUUGGCCGCUCCGUCAGCGCACAUACUGUCGCUAUGACCCUCGGGGCCUCUCUUCGCGAGCUGGAUGUUAAUGUCGUCGCUCAAGAAAACCACACACAGCCAUUGCCCAUUGUGUCUCACUCUGACACCAUGGUCGUAGCGGCGCCUCCGCUUAAGAAGCAACGCAGUGAGGACACAAAGUUGCCGAUGAAGAGGAUGACUAGGAAGACGGUUGGUGGAGAGGGCAAGGGUGAUCGGGAGAAUUUGACAAUUACGAACUUCAGCUCAAGUAUUGGACCGGGACUUGCAAAGGGCAGGAGGUUACGGAGCCACGGAAGCAAUUAG